GUCAUAGCCAUUUGAUGGAAACCGCUUUUUUGAGGCGUUGACCCGACGAACUCGGUCCCAGAGGAUCAUUCAACAAAAGCCAGAACAUGACCCUAAUUAGAAAAUUACAUUCAUGAAUAAGAAGAAAAAGAAGAUGAUUGUGUUCCACCUCCACGGCUACAGAUUCUGCAGCCGCACGAAGCUGCAAGUUUUCUCCGCCGCCAGCCUCGCCGCCAUCGUCAUCGUCAUCUUCUUCUCCGACACAUCUCCACCACCAUCUUUUCCCGGACGCCACCGGAAUAAUAAUCCCACGCCGUUAAAGAGAGAUUCCAUCGAAUCCCAAUCAGCCCGCCUCGUUCCUCCUCCCAAUGCCACCGCGAGGCAGAGGAUGCUCUGGUUCAAGAACGCCUUCCCCCAGAUCUUCAAAUCCAAUGAAAAUUCAAGAAGAGAUCAAUUUGACCAAAGGGUCAGAAAAUUCUACUCCGAAAGAGAGUGUAAAGUGAGAUUCUUCACCACGUGGAUCGCUUCUCCCGAUUCUUUCGGAGCUAGAGAGUUCUUGUCAAUGGAGAGCAUCUUCAAGGCCCAUCGUCAAGACGCGUGCUUGAUCAUCCUCUCCCAGUCUCUUGAUUCCGAGCUCGGGAGAGGAAUUCUGAGCCCGAUGAUCGAGUCGGGGUUUGGGGUCAUCGCGAUGACGCCCGAUUUACCCUCUCUGCUGGAGAAAACUCCAGCAGAGAAAUGGUACGAGGAUUUGAGAAAUGGGGAAAAGGACCCCGGGGAGAUACCCUUUGCUCAGAAUCUCUCAAACUUGAUCCGGUUGGCAUUUCUCUAUCGAUACGGAGGGGUAUUUUUGGACACGGAUUUUAUCGUGACGAGAAGCUUUUCGAAACUCAAGAACUGCAUUGGAGCGCAGAGCGUGGACCGACGCGGGAAGUGGACGAGGCUGAAUAACGCGGUGCUGGUUUUCGAACCCGGGCACGCAUUGGUGCACGAGUUCAUGAGGGAAUUUGCCCUAACGUUUGAUGGGAACAAGUGGGGGCACAAUGGUCCAUAUUUAGUGUCAAGGGUGGUGGAUCGAGUGUCGAAAAAUGACUCUUUUAGCCUCACCGUGUUGCCACCGAUGGCGUUUUACCCGGUGGAUUGGAUUCACAUUGACGGGUUUUUCGAGAAGCCGAGGGAUGAUAGACAUGGGAGAUGGAUGGAAGCUAAGAUGGCUCAAUUGAGGGAAGAUGGGACUUAUGGAAUUCAUCUAUGGAAUAUGCAAAGUAGGAGAAAGAGGAUUGAGAAGGGUAGUAUUAUUGGCACCAUUUUUUCCCAACAUUGUAUCAUUUGCAAAGGUAUUUAUGAUUCUUAAAUGUAAUGAGUUUAUGGCUUUAUUUGUUAGAUGGUCUGAUACACAAUUACAAACAAGGCCUUGUCACUUGUGUGGUUUAUUACUUGUAUAAAUUUAAGUAGCUAGCUAGAGUGUUUCAUCUUCAUUAUUCAUGUAUGCUUGUUUGGAAUUUUAAUAAUGAUAGUGUUUUUUU